AUGCAGGAAGAAACAAAAGUGUCACGGAGGCCGACUAGGCCUGAUGAGGCAGCGUUCAAGCUUGCUCUUGCACAAGUAGAUGCAGAGCUUCAAAGUUUGACUAAAAAAAUUGAUGAUCUUCGGACGCGUACAGAGCAAUCUCAUGAGCGUGGAGGGGCGCAUGAGCGGUCCCAGCGUAUUCGUCAUGAGAUGUAUGAGAUUCGUGUGCAACAAGCACAAUUUAAACAGAGUAAACAGAAGACGAUGGAUCAGGUCAAGCAGCUUGAAGAAGCAAUGAAAACGAAGAUUUCAGAGAUGCAACUAACUAAGAAACGAUUACCGUUUAAAACAAUUGAUGAACUGGAUCAACGAAUUUUGGAAUUGGAGCGAGCGGUUGAUUCAGGUGUAUUGAAGUUAGUUGAUGAGAAAAAGUGUUUGUCAGAGAUUUCAACUAUGAAACGUCUUCGUAAAUCGUUUUCAAAUCUCGUGUAUCAGCAGUCGGCAAUUGAUUCAGAUAAAAAGCGCUUGAGCGAAAUUAAAAAGCAUCUUGAAGACCCUGUUUCUAAAGCUUUAUCAGAACAAUAUGAUAAACUUAAAACAGAGCAGAUUGUAUUACGUCAGGAACAGGAAAAUGUUUACAAGUUUCAAAAGAGUCUUUAUGAAGAGAGGAAUAAGUUAAAUCAGAAGAGAAUUGAAGCAUAUGAAAAGAAAAAGAAUCUUCAAGAUAAUUAUUAUUCGGAUCUACGUAAGUUCAAUAAGUUUGAAAAAGAAGAAAAACAAAAGCAGUGGGAACGCCGACGUCAACAGCAAGAAGAGUAUAAUAAAGAGAAACGUAAACAAUUAGCCAAUAAGAUGCUUGAAGAGGCGAGCCAGCCUGCGUUUAUUGAGGAGAUUAUCACGUGUGAGAAUUUAAUUCGUUUUUUGGAUCCUUCUGCUGGACUUUUAGAAACACAGAUACAUGAAAAUGUAAAUCUGCCGGAAUUGAAUGUUCGUACAGUUGUAGAGACGGAUAUGGAUACUGCUACUGUUUUAAAAUCAAAGGCUGAACGUGAUGAUUAUUUUAUUCAUGGUAUUGAGAAGAAAAAUAAAGCAAAUAAACGCAAUAAAAGAACGCUUAUGCCAGCUGAUGAUAAUGCAGUUACUAAUUUUAAUAUCGAUAUGCAUAUUUUACAACAAUUUUCUUUUGUGAAUGUAAAUCCUCCUCUCAAACAUUCUCAAAUUUCUUCUUGUAUUGAAGAUCUAAAAGAGAGAGUGAAAUGGUAUAAAGAUAAUCAAGAAAAAACAGUGGCUGAGCGUGUUGAAAAAGCAAAGAAGGAAAUUGAGGAAUUAGAGGUAAAGGCUUUGCAACAGAGCCAAGAAAAAAAACAAAAUUAUGAGAAAAAACUGGCUCAGGAAAAAGUAAAUGGCGUGCCUAAAAAAACUUUAGAUUCUUAG